UUGUUCAUCACUACACAUCUUAAUUAUUUGUGACAAGAAAAGAAAACGAUGUAAAAUUCAGUUUAGUUCAUAGCACGUCUCACUCUUCAAUACUCACGUCGGUACCCUUCACUAUCCAAAUCCUAAUCAAGGUCAAAACUCACAAUCCCCUUUCUCCUUUCUUCAGUCUUCCUUUCAUUUUUUGCCCAUGAAUUUCAGAAAACUUAAAAUAAAGUUUCAAUUUUUAUCUACUGUAAACAUUCCCUAAUAUUCCAUUAUUCUGCUGCCUUUAUUCUGAAUAUUUCCUUAAAUUAAUUUUCUUCUUUUCUCUUUCCAUUUUAAUCCCAGUAAGUCCAAUUUGAGCUGAAAAGGGGAUGAGAGAGAAAAUUUGACGAACUACCCAUUUCUCAAAAUGUCCCAAAUUCUUUGGAUCUAACCCUUAAUUUGAAGGCCUACCCCACAUUGUAUCUCAAAAACCCCAUUUCAAUUUUUGAGUUUUGGGUGAAAAGUUGGCUAAAAAUGAGGGUGUUGAGUGAAUCCUGGUGUUUUUGCAAUGGUGGGGGUAAGUCUGAAAGACUUAAAGCUGCCAUUUUUACUACUAAAAGCUCAGCAAUGGCGAAACUUUCAGCUUCCUCCGCUUCUUCCGCCUCUGGAAGCUCCGUCGGUGGCGGCGGAGAAGCUUCUGGAACUGGGUUUUUGAUUCACCGGAACCUUCUUCUGACAACACAUGCCAACAUUCCUUCUGUUAAUGCUGCUGAGUCUGCUGAGAUCCGGCUUCAAAAUGGUGUUCCUGCCACUCUUGUGCCUCACAGGUUUUUCAUCACCAGUUCUGUGCUUGAUCUUACUAUCGUGGGCUUAGAUACCAUUGAAGGAGAUUCAGUUGCACAUGGUCAGCAACCUCACUUUAAAGUUUGUUCUAAACCAAACCUUGAAUUAGGCAACAUUGUAUAUCUUCUUGGGCACGCAGAGAAAAAAGAACUGUCCGUGGGAGAAGGGAAAGUGGUUAUAGCUACAGAUAAUCUCAUAAAACUAUCCACUGAAGGCUUUACUUGGAGCCCUGGAUCUGCUGGUUUUGAUUCGCAAGGCAACCUUGCAUUCAUGAUCUGUGAUCCAAUGAAGCUAGCCACCUCACCAAAUACCAAAUCUUCUUCAACUUCAUCAUCCUCUUCAGCAUCUUGGAAGAAGGAUCUUCCUAUGCAAUUUGGCAUCCCGAUGCCUAUCAUCUAUGACUGGCUAAAUCAGCACUGGGAAGGCAGCCUUGAUGACCUAAGCAAACCAAAAUUGCCACUGAUGAGGCUGAUGUCAGCAGGCCAUAGGAGUGAGCAUUCUUGUGCUUCUUUUACUAUGAGGCAAGUUUUCAAGGCAACUGAAGAAAUUGAGGGAACCACAUCAUCAUCAAAUACCGUAUCAAAACCUAGAGACCAGUCUGGACAAGGAUGUUCUGCUGCUGGACACAAUGUUGAGGAGGAAAAGGUAGUCUUGCAACCACAUGGUAGCACCACUCACCUUCAGGGAAUUCCAACUCCAGAAAUCUAUGAAUCACCAAAGGUCACUGCAAAUCCUGUGAAGAAGAACGAAACUGCACAAAUCCAACUCUUAGAUAUCAACUUCCCUCCAAGAAUAUUUAAAGCCCCACCAACCCAACCUUCAAAGGAUCUUCUCCCAGGCUCAGGUGAGAAUUGUGUGAAUGAAGCUCCUUUACAAAGUUCAUACAAAGUGGAAAGAGAAGAGGAAAACCAAAUGAAAUAUAAAGAGGCUGCAGUGAUGGAGGAAACUGGCUCAACUGGAUCAGUGGGUGAUGCACAGAGCGAGGUGCAGUCUAGCUGUUCACCAGUUGGGGUCUCAGGAGUGAGAGAUGCAGAGAGUAGUGAUGGAGAGACAUUGUAUUCAGCAGAAACUGCCGAAAGCAGAAAUUAUACUAGCCCUAGGGAAGGGAAGUUUCAGCCUGUUGGGAGGAGCCAAAGUUGUGUGAGCUACAAUAGGUGGGGUCCUGUUCACAGGAAUCCUGUGGCUCGAAGAACAUCAUCCUUGGAACAGCAGAGAAGUUUUAUGCAGCCGAGAAAGACUUACUCACAAGGAGCUCCAUCUCAUAAGACAAUGGACUAUUUCAGUCCUACAGUCUCUUCUAUCAUGAAGAAGCGGAACAACGAGCAGCAACAGCAGCACCCUCCACCGCCGCCACAGCCAAGCAGGCCUCGGCCAACUGCAGUAAACUCUUCGCCUAGGUGGAAUUUUUGAUGUACCUACAGAUUGUGAAAUGUAGAAGAUAAAAGGAUAUACGAUAAAGGUAUUACUCUUCUUUUGUGGUACAUGAAAAGUGAAGCCGCUUGCAAUUGUUCCAUUUUCUUACUCUGUAAGUUGUAACUAAUUUGUUGUCACCACCCUUGUAGACAGGCACCUCUUAUAUAAUAAGAAAAAUAUUAGAAAGGAAUGUUGUAGCUCCACUGUACACUAUCAAUUACUCAUUCUUCAUGUAAUACAUAAUUACAUAUGCCUAA